UUUUGUCUGCCCGUGCUGCUGGCGUUCAAGGAACAGAAAGGAAAACAGGCUUUUGGAUGUGCAGAGGAUGAGGAUUUGGAGAGUUGUAUGAGGCUCUAAUGGGAAGUGAUAGUAACUGGAUGGCAAAGCAACUGAAUGAGAGGGUGCUGGUUAGUCUGGUCAGAUGGGGAAGGUGUAAAACAAGGACGAUGAUCACUGAGAGGUGAAAAUAUUACUUCCCUGAGGGUAUUGCCUUGGAGAGAUCUGCUUGUAUCUGCUUAGACGUGCAGAGAUGAUGAACAGGUCCUUCUGUCAGAGGGCAGAACCCAGACCAGCUCGCUCAAGAAGUUUUGGAGCUUUUAGUUUGAGAGGACCCAGGAUCCUGGAGGCUGUGGGCUGUAACAGACACAGAAGUUGGGGGUGUUCUGGCAAAAGGAGAUACUACUGCUUGGUUUCUUUUCAAAACUAGGAGGUUUUAGAUUGGGUUCCGCAAAAGAAGCGUUCUGUAGAUCUCAAACUUGGUCUGAAGCUUUAUGCUUUGUUGCUGUCAACUUCUGAUAAAACGUAGCUGUUCUUAAACAUCAAUAAAAAUAAGCAAAGCCAGAGGAUGUGUUGGCACCAUCUGGCUCCCUUCAGGGAUCAUGCCCUUCAAGGCUGUGAGCAUCACCAGGCAGCAGUCCAAGGGCAAUGCCCUCAAAAGCAUUGUGCUGUGAUCUUCCUCCUGUCUUCAAAAGCAGAACCCAUUUACAACUGUUUCUUGCUUUAAAUUUGGAGCAUUUCUGAUCUCUUCUCUCUUCUAUCCACACACACAGUGCAAAUGGGAUGAAAAUUCAAAAUAAUCCUGGAUAUUUUUAAGAACAACAUUUCAAGGUUUUAUCUGCUUGAUAAGAAUUUUCUCUCUGCAGUGAGAAUGUUCCCUGUUUAUGAUGUUUUGUUGUCAUUUAAACUCUGUCAAAGAAUUGCUCCUGAACUCAACAACACUGACAUUGCUGUCAAGGAGUUUGAGGAAGCAAUUCGAGUCAUCCUUGGAAAUCUUGAUGAUUUACAUCCAUUUUCUACAGACCACUUCACUAUCUUUCCAUAUUUGAGUAAAUGGGAAAGAGUAUCAAAAAUGAGGUUCAAACACAAGAAUGUCAAUCUCGUGCCUUAUCCCUACAUCUGCACUAUGUAUCUGGAGCUCAACUCAUUUCAGCAAAGUUUGUCUUUGGGUAGAGAAGUAAACAGCGACACUUCUGAGCCUGUCAAGAGAAAAAGUGAAAUACCAGAAAUGACUGACAUGGAAGAAACAGUGAAGAGGAGAAGAGUUGAAGGUCAAACAGAGACCUCAUACCCAAAGUUAUGUAUGGACAGACCUGGAGCUGAGAGUGUUCACUGUGUAAUUAAAGCAGAGCAUGGACUUGAAAAGAAUUAUUCCAAAGAAAUUCAGCGUGAGCACAGUCCAGCAUCCCUCAGCAUGGGCUGUAACCAAGAGAGUUUAUGGGGACCUGUGGGAUAUAACGUGGAAGGAAGAGCUGAAACCACUCAGGCUGAAGGUGAAAUGCAGGUAUUGCAGCAAAUGGACCAAAUCUCAACCAAAGGAACAGUGGAGCCAAAACGAGGACGUCUCUCAAAGUUCUGGAGAAGGGUGUUUUCUCCACUGCAGCACCUUUUUGGUGGGAAGCACUGAACUAAUCGCUGUGGAGAGGUCAACUUCUACCGCAAACAUCAGCUUGUGUUGUUUCUUUGGCAGUUGAGCUUUUCCCAUUGCUGGCCUCAGCUAUUAAAUGCUUCGCGUUCAGGUUUGGAUGUUCAGAUGUACGUAGUGAAGGUGUUGCCUUAGGAACGGAAUGCCUUCUUCACAGCCUCGAGGUUUUUCAGCUCUCCGUUUUGAAAGUCGUUAUUUGAGCUCCUAAUAAAAGAAACGUCCGCUCGGAA